AUGAUACAGUAUCCCCGGCAAAUGGACUUGCGACAAAUCGCCUUCCAAGGGGGCCUGCCAUGGGCCAUUCCACGCAUCGAGGCCAGGCUGAGCAACUUCGCACGAGAGCAGGGCGCCAUCCCGGUGUCAGGGCAGGCCUACGAUUCGGACACCAUCAUCAACGUCCGGUGGCUCUCGUCCGCGCCACUCAUCGCGAUCUGGACUUUGGAAUCGGCGUUCCUGCUCCUGACCAUCCGAAGGUGCUGUGGGGCGCCUGACCGGGUCCUCUGGAAGACGUCGAGUCUCCCGCUCAUAUACCACGGAUUCGAGCACUGGGACGUGGUGGGGGACAUCGGGAAGGCCGCUGCUGCCGGUGGUGGCGUAGAUACCGUCAGCGGAAUGGAGAGGCUCACGAGGAACUUCCAUGCGCGGCUGCGGCGCGAUCCUGUCGAUGGAGAGAUUAGGCUAGUGAGGGAAUGUGCAUUAUUAGAAUUGCACGUCCUGGCCGGUCAUUCAGACGGGCCUUGGAAGAUGUCGGGCUUCAUACUUCUGCGUUGA